AUGGCCCCCUGUCACUUCCUGUCGUACAGCCCAAGUAGUGGGGAGGAGUUCCUUGAGGGAAAGCAUGCUCUGCUCUGCUCAGAGAAUCCCGUCCGAAGGGCGCCGCCGCAGUUAGGGGCGGGGGACUCUGUGUGGAUGAGGUCGGAGCGCCCCAUGGUGUGGUGCUGCUUCUUUGUUCGCACUCAGCGGAAACGGAAGCAGAGCACCCAGGAUGAAGAUGCGGUUAGCCUUUGUAGUCUUGAUAUAAGUGAGCCUAGUAAUAAACGAGUCAAACCUCUUUCCAGAGUCACAUCCCUCGCCAACCUCAUCCCACCUGUGAAGGCCACGCCGUUAAAGCGCUUUAGCCAAACCCUGCAGCGGUCCAUCAGCUUCCGCAGUGAGAGCCGUCCCGACCUCCUGGGCCCCCGACCCUGGUCCAGGAAUGCUGCCCCCUCGAGCACAAAGCGGAGAGACAGCAAGCUGUGGAGUGAGACCUUCGAUGUGUGCGUCAAUCAGAUGCUCACGUCCAAGGAAAUCAAACGGCAGGAGGCGAUCUUUGAGCUUUCUCAAGGAGAAGAAGAUUUAAUAGAGGACUUGAAAUUGGCAAAAAAGGCCUAUCACGACCCUAUGCUGAAACUCUCCAUAAUGACAGAACAGGAGUUGAAUCAAAUUUUUGGAACACUGGACUCCCUGAUUCCUCUCCAUGAAGACCUCCUUAGUCAGCUUCGAGAUGUCCGCAAGCCCGAUGGCUCGACUGAGCAUGUCGGUCCCAUCCUCGUGGGCUGGCUGCCUUGUCUCAGCUCCUACGACAGCUACUGCAGCAAUCAAGUAGCUGCCAAAGCUCUGCUGGACCACAAAAAACAAGAUCACCGAGUCCAAGAUUUCCUGCAGCGAUGUUUAGAAUCCCCCUUUAGCCGAAAACUAGAUCUCUGGAAUUUCCUGGAUAUUCCACGAAGCCGUCUGGUGAAAUACCCUCUGCUUCUUCGAGAAAUCUUGAGACACACACCAAAUGAUAAUCCAGAUCAGCAGCACCUGGAAGAAGCUAUAAACAUCAUUCAGGGAAUUGUGGCAGAAAUCAAUAUCAAGACUGGAGAAUCUGAAUGCCGCUAUUAUAAAGAGCGACUUCUUUACUUGGAGGAAGGCCAGAAAGACUCUCUAAUUGACAACUCAAAGGUGCUGUGUUGUCAUGGUGAACUGAAGAACAACCGGGGCGUGAAACUACAUGUCUUCCUCUUCCAAGAAGUGCUUGUUAUCACCCGCGCCGUUACCCACAAUGAGCAGCUCUGCUACCAGCUGUACCGGCAGCCUAUCCCCAUGAAGGACCUCCUGCUGGAAGACUUGCAGGAUGGGGAAGUGAGGCUGGGCGGCUCCCUACGCGGGGCAUUCAGCAACAAUGAGAGAAUUAAAAACUUCUUCAGAGUGAGUUUCAAAAAUGGAUCCCAAAGUCAGACCCACUCAUUACAAGCCAAUGACACAUUCAACAAACAGCAGUGGCUCAACUGUAUUCGCCAAGCCAAAGAAACAGUUCUGUGUGCCACGGGGCAGGCUACGGUCCUUGAUUCUGAGGGACCAUUCCUAGAUCCCGCCACCGGGAGCAGGGAGCCACAGGGAGAAACAAAACUUGAGCAGAUGGACCAGUCAGACAGUGAAUCGGAUUGUAGCAUGGACACGAGUGAGGUCAGCCUCGACUGUGAGCGCAUGGAACAGACAGACUCUUCCUGUGGGAACAGCAGGCAUGUUGAAAGCAACGUCUGACAGAAGCGUGUGCUUCCUGGAAGUUGCCCUGUGUCUUACCUGUACAGUAUUUGCAUUCCACAUGUGGAACGGUUUGGAGAAGCACUUUUUCACACUUUUGUGACUGUGUUGACCCAGUCUCUUCUGUCUGUACUUUUUUGUCUCUAGUACUGUAACUGCCAAUUUGUGUCAGCUGGAAUCUGUGGCA